AUGCCAUCGUCUGCCGAGCAAACUUUCAGCAUCUAUGAGCUUGCUGAGCAUAUAAUCCUGCAGCUGAAUAAUCCUGUGGAGAUCGUUUGUGCCCAGCGCGUUUGCCGUAACUGGAGAGAUGUUAUCCGAACAUCCCCGGCCCUACAGGAGGCCUGCUGGUAUCAAUCCAAUACUGGGGAUGCUCAAACGCGGUCAAUCUCCAGUGAACAGACAUGGAAACUGAACCCUGCGUUCAACCGAAUAGGCGUCUCAAUAUCCAGAGAUGCAGCAAAGGGUGGAGAUCAGGAUCAAGGGGAUUUCAGCUUGGAGGAAGACAUCUACGACAAACCUGGGUCCUGGACGACCAUGCUGGCCACACAGCCUCCCUGCCAGCGAAUGCUGUUUGAAUGCCACAGCUACUAUUCCGACGAUCAGAUACUUUUCUAUCUCAUCGCAUCCAUGGCCGGCCCUCUCCUUAUGGGCGACAUCAUGGCCGUUCUAGCAGAAUGCCGGAAUCGACAGGAAUACGGCCUAGAUCGCUGGGGUGGAUUACGCCACUAUACAGGCGAGUUAGUCCGAUGGGAGGAGGAGGAAUGGGAACCCUAUCACUGGGUCGCUCUUGACAAGAUGCCGGAUAAUGUGUCCAUUAAUGUUGCGAUCGAGAUGCCUUGGGGAUACGGGGGAUGUCCUGCCUUUUCUCUUCGGCGGGUCUACGGCACCGAGCACUUUCUGCAUGAAAUGAUCCUGCAUAAGAUGAUCAUGGAUCAAGGGCAUGAAUAUCAGUGGGACGAGACUUCAUCGGCCCCCCAAUACCGACCUGUGAACAAGUCAAAGUACAAAGCAAAUCUGUUGGCUGUAAAGGAGCACCAGGGGAAAUAUCUGUCGAUUUGCAGCAAUGUCUUCCGCCUACUAUCUGAGGUGAAAUAA